CAGGCAAUGUUUAAAAAAUCAAUAUGGUGGGCACAACGUGCAGGAAUUCGCUUAAGUUUAGCAAAUGUUAUUAGCCAAUGAUGUCGGGGAGUUGUGCAAACGAAUGAUAGCUAAUAAAUUGCCGAGACUGCGGUCGCAGUGACAAAAUGCCCAACUAAACGGAUCGAGUGCGCGAAACCCGAAAAAAGCGAGUCCGAAGCAACAACAAGGCACCAAGUGAUGGCCUCUUCCUCUUCCUCUGCGCGUGUGAACAACAAAGCCGCCCUCGCUUCCGCUUCCGCCGCCGCUGCUGCUGCUGCCGCCUCUGCUUCUUCCUCAUCCACCGCUCCUGUUCCAGUUCCUGCUUCAACUCCCACUGCAACGCUCGGUGAGCUGAUUAACCAGCAACUGAAGCAACUCAACCCGGACGAGCUGAUCUACAAGGAUGAGCUGCAACUGCUCCUGCUCCUGACCCCCGUCCAGCGUCAGAAGCUGAGCCGGGAGCUGGAGGAUGUCGACAUUGGGGCGAGCACUUCGUCGGCGCCGCUCUCCCGCCCGGAGAAUCCCGAGGAGGAUGACGACCUGAUGGGGGCGGUGGGCGGUUUGAGUCUCUCCUCCCCAACCACAACCACAGCGGCAACAACAGCAACGACCAAGGAGCCGCUGCUGGAUUUUAGAACCCACGUACUCAAAUGGUUUCAACAUCUACGCCACCAGACGGGCCACUUCAAGUCCGAGGAGGAGUCGCGUCGCCUGCGCGAGGCCGGAAACGAUUCGUACCGCAAGGAGAAGCAUCCGCUCAAGGCCAGCGAUCUCUUCACGGAGGCCAUAUUCCUGGCCCCCGCCCGGAAUACGCUGGCCGCCGCUCUGGCCCAUGCCAACCGCUCCCUAGUGCUCUACGACUGCGGCCUUUAUGCGGAAUCCUAUGACGACUGCCUAUGCGCCCUGGAUCUGGGCUAUCCGGAGGAAUAUUUGCCAUUGAUUAAGCUGCGCCAAGCCGCCUGUGCCUUAAAACUGCGCAACUUUGCGCUCUGCGAGGAGCAUCUGCAUGAGCUUCUGCACGUAGAACUGAACCAGGUCUUCGAGACGCGUACCCACGAGCUCUGGCACCAGUGCGAGGUCCUCAAGGUGGAACGCUUCGAGAUGGCCGUGCAAACGGGCGACGAUUUGGACACCAACGACUCGAAAGCAUUCGAAAUAGCAUGGCUGGAUAACUCGUCAUCACUGCAUACCACCCGAGCCGUGGCCAAGAACGCGCUGAUCUUCGAGUCCGAGGCUGUGGCCAUGGUGCCCAGCGGCAACUGCCGGGUGUGCGACCAUUGCGGGAUCACCCAGUUCAUUCCCUUCCCCUGCAUUUACUGUUCCAACCGCCUGGUGGUCUACUGCUCCCGCCAGUGCCGCUUCAAGCAUGCUGCGAUUCAUGCUGUGGAGUGCUUCGGCCACCAGAUCGAGUUGUUCGAGUCCUUUGGCGAGGUGUUUGGGAUGCCACGCCUUCUGCAACUGGCCCUUCGGAUGCUCAUAACAGGACUGCCAGAGAUGUUGGCUCACUGCCGAAAGAAACCGACGCUCAGCAAGCUCUGGUCAGCCAUCAACGGGGGAUUGGUGGAGCGACAGGACAUCGCGUACAGUGCCGUUCUUCGUCUGGAGCGACUGAGGGAGGAGCAUGCCUCGGAAACGGCGAUAGCUCUGGCCCUGGCUUCCCAUGUCCUGGCCAUAUACCUCAGCAAGUGCACCACCUUUUUCGAGCAGUUGGAGAAGAGCCUGCCGUCAGCCUCCCGGAUGUCGAACGCCGAGUGGGAGCUGCUCUGUGCCGCGCUCCUAAUGCGUCACAUGGGUCAACUGCGCCACAGAUCGCUUACCCUUUGCCGAUCCUUCGUUAUGCCCGCGGAUCCGCACGUCUUCUCACCUCUGAACGAGUUCCAGCUGUGGGCUUCGCCCAUGCGCCUCCAAGAGGGCCACCUACAUCUGCUUGCCGGCGAGGUGGCCGUCGUCUCGUAUGCCGUCUAUCCAGAUACUUUGAGUCUGUGCCGACACAGCUGCUCCUCGACGAUCUGCGCCAAGUUGUCUGGCCGCAAGAUGACAGCGCUGGCUCUGCUCGAUCUGCCAGCGGGCUCCGGCAUAUACAACUGUUUCGCCAGUGGCAACUACCAGCAGCUGCGCCGGGAGGAGCGCAGCCGACAGCUCAAGGAUCGCGGCAUCAGGUGUCACUGCAAUGCCUGUCAGCUUUCGCACGCGGAUGAUCAGUUCCACAAGUUCCAUCGCUACCGUUGUGAUAACCCCAAGUGCAUGGAAGUCUUCACACCCGACGCUCUGCCACAUGCCCCCAAUCUGCGUUGGUGGUUAUCCGAGGACUACACCCAGCCUGAAUGCAAUGGCGCCGAGCUCAUAGUGUGUCCCCACUGUGGCGAGGCCCAGAAACUGGAGUGGUUCUGGGCGUUCCACACCUCGCUCAUCGAUUGCGAGCUGAUCGAGGAGCGCUGCAAGCUGUACGCGGCCAUCGAACGGGCCGAGGGACACCUGAUGGAUCUGCACGAGUGCAAGGUGGCGCUGGCCAGGCUGCUGGUGGAGCAGUGCCUCAUGGUGCACAGAGAGGGUGCCACCGUGCUGGACGACUGGGAAUUCAACAAGCUGGGCUCCAUCAUGCGAGCCGUACUCCCCAGCGUAGUGGCUCAGUACGGCGGGCAGUCGAUCGAGUACGUGAAGUACUUCGCCUACUUCUGGGACGUGAUGGCGCUGAGCAACUACAAGUGCAACGAUAGGGAGCUAAUGCAAAUGCUUAACGCUUUGGAGUUCAUAGCGGACGAGUUCAAGGAUAUAUUCAUCAACUACUACGAGGAUUAUAUUGCGCCCAAAUUUGCUGAAGAGUCCUAUGGAAGUGUCGUAGAUACGCAAGUUUAGAAAGUAAAUCGAUGGAGAGCGAGCCACUCAAAAAUACUUAGAUCUGUUUUACUCUGUAGAGAAUACAAAAUAACACAAAAAAC